GGGCUUGAGAGAGAAACUCACCUGGUAGUUGAACCACUGUGACAAACUAAAUCCUGCUGCUCUGUUUCCGGAAACGCGAGGACGCAGAGGACAAACAACACAACAGCCACAUGUUCACUGGUGCUUGGAUGUGUUGACGCUAACAUACAUCUGAGGAAGCUGUAAAAUGAUGUGUGUGAUGUCGAGGUGAGAAGCUCGAGCACUCGGACAGGUGUGUUUCAAGCAGGGUACAGAUUGUAAGCCGAGUCAUGGCUGAAGCGAUACCACCCAACCCAGUCAUCCCCUGGUUCACUGAGUACCAGAAGAACCACAUCGUGAAGGAUGGAGUCAUUCCGAAAUGGUUCCAUGGCACCAUCUCCAGGAAUAUCUGCACAUGUUCCACAGGCAGGCAGAGGAAAUGCUCAUGACCAAACCUCCAGGCUACUUCCUGAUUCGUGUCAGUGAGAGCAGAAUAGGAUACACCUUGUCCUACAGAGCUGGUGAACUCUGUAGACACUUUAUGAUCGACAUGCUUCCAGGAAACCAGUGUGAGAUUGUAGGUGAGAAUAUGCGGCAUUGCUCUCUCCAUGAUCUGGUAGCCUUCCACAGCAGAACUCCAAUUUGUCCCUACACUGAGCUCCUCACACUAGCCUGUGAUCAGGCUGGUCAAAAUAUUCCAGAAGCCACACUUCCCAGCCUGCCAGCACGCCGUAGGGUGUCUCAUCCACCAGUUCCACACCAGAACCUAAGCAACUUGUCAGACAUUUCAGGAAGCCGAAGCCUCUAUCCCAGCCUAGAACGGGAGCUUAGUGCUCUCAACUUGGAUUGUGUGGGAUUUCCGCUAAACCCUUCACUGACGCCAAAAACAAAAUUCAUCCUCACACCACAAGACAUUACCACCAGAUGGCACUCUGCACAUAAUAAAACCACCACUGGAGGAGAACAAACUACAGGUUUACAGACAGCUUGCAACCAGGGAAAAUCACAAGAUAAAGUGCUGCAAAAAAAUCAGGCAGAGUCAAAGCACACUCGCAUAAGACUGAUUCAGUGCAAGAUCUUCAAGAAGAAGAAAAACCAUUCAGAGGAGCACACGUACAUGGAUAUCGAUGAAAUUAAAGCCACAACUGAUCCUGCAGCAUUGCAGAUAGACACAAACACAAACCAGGAAGAGAUGGAUAAAGUUUCUGGUACAUUACCAGUAGAAUACCUAAAUCCUCCCCCGUUUGCUCCUGGCUACUGAAACAUAAGCAUCACAGACAUUUACUAUAGUUUAUUGUUUUGCAAAAUGUUUAUUGUUUUCCUAUAAUGUUCUCUGGAAUAAUAUUCAUGUACACCCGUGCUGAAUGCUCAAUUAUGAUUGGAUAGAAGGUGUUUAUUAAACUUGUAUAACAUCA